AUGGAGGGCCCUCCCGAGAAGAGACGCCUCCUCUUCCUACAUGCCGAUACUCAUAGUCCUACCAAAAUCACUCAACGUCGCACCCGCAACAGGUCGCUCGACACCAAGGUGCGUCGCCAUCUCAUGGUCGCCAUUGGAAAGUCACGAAGAAAGCCAUCGAAAGCACCUCCAUCCGGCACUUUCGAAUGGUCCCUGGCAGACAUAUCAGGGGCAGUGUCUAGUACAGGCCGGACUGAGCAUUUGACGAGUAGAGAUGAGGACCACUUGCAAGUUCCUGCGAGGAAGGAUUUGGUCGUGUCCGAGACUGCUGCGCAAUACACAGCACUAUAUGCCACGCCGCCCAUCUUAGAUGCCUUAUCCGUCUUCGAGAAGGAAUGGGGGGAAGAUUCGUUCUCAGCCUAUGGAUUCACCUUGAUCAUGAUCGCAGGAAGAAACGCAAUGAGCUCCACCUUCUCGACAAACACCUUCUGGUUCCCCUUCGCCUUCAGGAAAUCGCCCUUCCUUCAUCACUACCAACAGAUAUUCACCUCACCCAACGUCCUUAUCCCACUGUACCGCAGAUCCGCCCGAGCGUUGCGAUCCCUGGCGUUGGAACGCUCUUUGGAAACCAUCCAGUGCGUCGAGUCCAGGCUUUCCAGCUCUGAUGCUGGCAGCGCGACGUCUGAUAGUGUAAUCCACGCGGUGCUGGCACUGGUCUGCUACAAUUUUACUAGUUUAGACUUUGACCAGGCGAUGACCCACGUGAAGGGCAUGCGGAUGGUGGUUACGGCGAGAGGUGGCAUCUCUACCCUGGAGGCCAACCAGGACCUGAUGCUCAUGAUAUCAUGGGUGGACAUCACUGCAGCAUUGCUCCACGACACCAAACCACUGUUUCCAUUACCUCCUCCCAUGGCCAGCGCCAGCGCCGACGUAUUCCGUGGCUCGGGCCUAGACGCGCUUCCCGCUCCGCUUCUGCGCAUCAUCAACGACGAAAAUACACAGAAUGCCCGAUUCAUGAACGUCGUGUCCUGUAUAGGUGAUCUGAACGGGCUCGCAGCACAUCUUCGAUUCGAGCUGGCGACCAAAGGUGGCGCCAUAUGGGCCAACGAAGAGCAGAUGGGCUUCCUCCUGAAUCCAGUCACGCACCAAUUACUGAAUCUGAACCAAGCAGUGGUAGGAUCCGAGCCGGUGACGCGAUGGGAUAUCAUUUCAGAGGCCCUCCGGCUCGGUGCCAUCAUCUGGAUCAUACGCGUGAAGCGAAGAUGUCGCUCCUAUCCCGGAACUGCCGCAGCGCGUAUCUCGACGUUGCUCCAGAUACUAGCGAGACAGUCUGAUGCGGUCCCGGAACUUGUCUGGAGCGGUCCCGAUUUAUGCGACAUCCGCCUUUGGCUUCUCGUUCUCUGCGGUAUAAGUGAGCCCGAUGAUGAAGACUCUGUGAUAGCGAUGGAGAUGAUCGCCAGCAAGAUGCUGACGAGGAAGCCGGGGUCGCUGUCGUGGGAGUACGGCUUGGCAGAUAUCCGCCAGAUGCCGUGGGUCGACAUCUUUGAGCCUUCGUGUGCCGUGCUCGGGCAGCGGCUUUUGAGAGAUCACCUGGGGGCACCAGGUGAUUUCGGUUCGGGGGUUGCUGGGUGGUAG